CCGGGUCCUGUCUCCGUCGCUCCGUGCCGCUCAGGCUAACGUUAGCUAGCAAGUUGUCAGGCUGUCAAGUGGAGAGGCUGGGGCAGACGUUUCAGCUUCCCUUCCCCUGGCUUGGCCGCAUAAACCUCCGGCCACUCCCCAAAAAGCCACGAGAAAAUCCGUUUGAAUAUUCUCGCCAGCUGAGAUAAUGUAAUGCAUCACGGACGUACGCAAAGAGGGAUCUCCGCACCUACACAAUUUAUAUGCACCGAAUCUUGAGUGACGAUUGCUCGCUGCUAACUGGCUAGCUACCUUAGCUAAACCGCCGUAAACCCCCUAGUUUCGUCGGUGUACCCUCUCUGGUGCGAACUGCGGCCAGUCGGUCAUCGUCCCUGUUGUAUCUUCCGCUGGUGUCGACUAGUAUUUUGGUAUUUGGCUUUUAAAGGGACACAAUGGGUGCAUUUCUGGACAAACCAAAGAUGGAAAAGUAUAAUUCCCAUGGUGAAGGUAACAACCUGAGGUAUGGGCUGAGCAGCAUGCAGGGUUGGAGGGUUGAGAUGGAGGAUGCACACACAGCGGUAAUUGGUCUCUCUCAUGGUCUCGACCUGUGGUCAUUCUUCGCUGUUUAUGAUGGGCAUGCUGGCUCUCAGGUGGCCAAGUACUGCUGUGAGCACCUGCUGGAGCACAUCACCAGCAACUCAGACUUCCAGAGUGCUCUUCAGGAUGACCCCUGUGUGGACAGCGUGAAGAAUGGUAUCCGCACUGGGUUCUUGCAGAUUGACGAACACAUGCGAACCAUCUCCGAGAAGAAGCACGGUGUGGACAGAAGUGGCUCCACUGCAGUGGGGGUAAUGAUUUCUCCAAGCCAUAUCUACUUCAUCAACUGCGGCGACUCGCGUGGGCUCCUCAGCCGGGGCGGCACUGUGCACUUCUUCACACAGGAUCACAAACCUAGCAACCCACUGGAAAAGGAAAGGAUCCAGAACGCCGGUGGCUCAGUCAUGAUCCAGCGAGUUAAUGGGUCCCUAGCAGUGUCCCGUGCUCUGGGAGACUUCGACUACAAAUGUGUGCAUGGAAAAGGCCCGACAGAGCAGCUUGUUUCUCCAGAGCCUGAAGUUUAUGCAAUAGAGAGAAGCGAGGGGGAAGAUGAAUUCAUUAUAUUAGCUUGUGAUGGCAUCUGGGAUGUCAUGGCCAAUGAAGAACUGUGUGACUUUGUGAGGUCAAGGCUAGAGGUUACGGAUGAUCUUGAAAAAGUCAGCAAUGAAAUUGUUGACACCUGCUUGUACAAGGGAAGCCGGGACAAUAUGAGUGUUGUGCUAGUCUGCUUUCCUGGGGCCCCAAAGGUAUCUUCAGAAGCAGUGAAACGAGAAGCUGAGCUGGACAAAUAUCUGGAGGCCAGAGUAGAAGAGAUAAUCAAAAAGCACGGGGAUGAAGGUGUCCCGGAUUUGGUCCACGUGAUGCGGACGUUAGCAUCUGAGAGCAUCCCUAACCUUCCUCCUGGUGGGGAGCUGGCGAGCAAACGAAGUGUUAUUGAAGCAGUGUACAACAAACUUAUCCCGUAUCGAAGUGAUGACACAGACUCUGCAUCCACAGACGACAUGUGGUAACACAACCUCCUACCACUAACACAGCAUAGAGUUUACAAACCACCAUCCUCUCAAGACCCACAGCAGCUCAGCUCAGCAGUCACUCUCCGUCACUCUGAGCUUUUGGUUUCUAAGAAGGGAAUUUCAUGGGAGGCGGAGGAGGAAGAGGAGAUGCAUGCACACAAACCUGGAACAGUGCAGCACCGGUCCACUCUGGAGUUCAGGAUCCCCGCUGUCUUGUCUCUCCUUUAUGUUCACCCACCUAAAUAUUCUCCUCUAAAGUAGUCCAUAACAAGUGAGUCCACAAAGUUUUCUUCCAUUUUGUUAAAUAAUCGGCUUAAGUAGUAAGAUUCCCCCCACCUUUUUUUUUUCCUUUCUGUUUUUUUUUUUGUUUUUGCUGUAAUUAAUUUGAUUCACAUUUCCUUGUGUGUAUUUGUAUAUUUCUGUUUUUGUGAAGUGCAAUUGUCCUGUACAAACAGCCUGUAUUUAAUGCAGCUUGAUUUUAAGUUAAAAAAUGAAAGAAAUGGAAAAAGAGAACCUUUUAUGCACUAUCUGCCUUUUCCUGCUCUUCUGGAAUUCUAACAAAUGUCUAUUCAGUGAAUAUUAUCGCUUGUCCUCCAGGCACAAUGUCUCUGCGCUUUUAUUUCUCUCUUUUUUUUUUUCUUCUUUUUUUUCCUCCUCCUCCAAUUAGUCUAUGCUCCUUUUAAGAAACGGGUAAAUUGUAUAGUUGACAGCACAGUAAGCUCUAUAUCAAACCAUUUGAUGAGAUGAAACUAGUAAUUCAGUUGAAAUGUUUGGAGGUUAUUCAGGUUUACACAUCCCAUCGUGUCAUAUUUAAAUAUCAAUUUGUAAAUGUAGAUGAAUACCAGUGACCACUGUGGGUGCCAUAUUUGCUUCUUUUCUUUUUAAAUUACACCUUCAGCUUUAGUCAGGCUAUGCCAAGCCCCCCAUUAGAUGCAGUUUUUGUAUGUGUUGCAAAUAUGUUUGAGCUUCUUCAUUUUACAUCUGAUUAAGAUCUGUUUGUUGUGAACAGUUUAAGCACUGAACAAAAUUUUGCAUUGGCAAUUUGAAAAUAGAAGAAACUGCUGGCUCUAAAACUUACGAGGCUUUCUUUUGGGCAUUCAGAACAAGAAGAAAUCUGCUAACGAAGCUUUCUUGUUGUGCGGCACCUUUUUUAUUCCCAUUAGUUUCUUCUCCAGUUAAAAACUCUCACCACGACACUGCAAGGCACAGCACAAUACAGUUUGCUGCUAUUGUGUUAGAUCUGUGGGUUAACACCCUCGCCCCACUCCCCUGUAAAGAUAGUCGCUGAAUAAAUCUGUAUUUAACACACAUAGUUGAUAUAUUUCUCGAAGAGAAAUAGUUUUAUUUCAAAUUUAUUUUCUGGCAUUUUGUGUGUGUGUGUGUUGCAUUGUUGGAAACCUAUGUAUGUGUGUAUAUAUUUUCAGCUUAAAUUUUUAAGGAAUAAAUCAUGUUGCUUGAGCUAGGUAUUUUUUUUUCUUCUUAUCUUGUUUGUCUUCAGGUGGUUGGUUAAAUGUUUGUGUUUGACCAAGUUUUCCAUUUAAUCCAUUUGGUGUUCCUGUGAUUAAUACUGAAUGGUUCCAAAUAUAUGAAAUACAAAGUAAUUAUGUACUAAAUGUAUACUCCUUGAUUUAUCAUAAUGACAAUCCUAACCAUUUCAGUUCAUUUAGAUUUGGCUAAUCAUUAAGAGGGGGAAAAAAGACUAACUUUGAUAAUAAUCCUAAGCUACUUUCUAAUGUGCUUAAUGUGGCAAAUAGUGCCAAAGAACCCCGAGGUUUUACAAAGCCCGCUUCACAAGUAAAACUAGCUAUAAAUAUUUACUUAUUGGACUAACUGUAGUUUAUUUUUCUUAGUUUUGGUUGGUUGCUUUUUAAAGGUGCUCUGUGGAGUUUAUGAUCAUUGGUUGAAAAGAAAUCUAUAAGCAGGUCCUCGCACUGCAAGUGCACACUUUAGAGGGAAAAAAUGUGCAAGAAAUGUCCUUGAGGUGAUGUGAAAUGCACUUUUGCUGACUGCAGGGGGCAGUAAUUUGUAUAUCAACAAGUGGUGUCAUAGUAAUGUGACAUAAUGGCCCUUUCACAUAGAAAUUUGCAUUCGUUUAUGCUUGUGGCCAAGUGAAUGGCCUGAAAUUUGUGUUUCGCUGAUCGCUGCACACCCUGUAAUUCUGCAGGGGUUUUUUUUUGUGUUUUGUUUUUAUCGUGUGGAACAGGCAAGUUUUCCUUCGCUGCAUUUUGCCUGUCGCGUAGGGAAUCGUGCAAACAACAAUAUCCGAGUGCAGGUGUGAUGCUGUCGCACAUGUGAAGGGCCUUUUAGAGUGCCAAAGAACCAUUAAAAUACUCCAAAACCAGAUGAUGAUUUUAGGGAAUGAAGCCUAGGAAAAUAUGAUUUUAUGAAAAAGUUUGAUAGGCCUUAAAGCAAAAAUGAAUUUGCUAAGACGUGUUGAAUGUACGUUUACUGAGAGACUCCAUAGUGUACCUUUAACCAGUAAUCCUACAAAAGUAUGACAACCAUCAAAAGAUUUGCUGAAGUGGCAGCUAACUCAAGUAGGAAAUCUGUGUGUUUGCAUGAAGAUGUGGUUUCACUGAAUGUUCUUUCCCUUUAUUAAAAUCAAGUUGCAACAAAAGACAAACAGCAGAGUAAAAAUGUUUCAUUUCCAUCUUUUUGGUUUUAAAAUUAAGAGUUGUAUUUCUGCUAGUAUGAUACCGUAAUACUUGUAAACCUGCUGUACUCAGUUGAAAAUACUUCAAUUUAUUCAGUGGAUUUGAUUUUUUUUUUAUUAUUUUUUGUGUGUGGAGCAGUUCAUAUUUAAUCUGUAAGCUAUUUAUUUUGCUCUGCAUAGCUUGUAUUUUUUUUUUUAAGUGCACUAAGUGUCUCUUACCUAACAACUGUCAGCACCCAACUGCUUGUUGCAAUCCUGGUAGGUAUUUCUAACUUUGGUAAUUUUCUCUUCAAGCCUAGCGAUGAACAAACAUUUUUCUUUGUAUGUUUAGACAGUUGACAAAACUCAUGCCCCUGUGUUUUCACAUGAAUAAUUUAAAGCUAAUGUCGUGGCCCUUAAAUUUUGCUUGUUAUCCACUUCCUACAGUAGAAAUGCAAUAUUCAGAAUAGCUGUAGCUGAAAUGUUGUGAGAUACUAAGAGUGGCCUGUCUAUAAUUUGUCCUCAUGUGCAUGUUUUCAGUGAUUGCAAAUUUCCAUUGCACCCCUGUUAUUUCUCCCAAAACCUGAACAAAAAUUAUUCCAAACAUAUAUUGUUUUUUAUUUUUCCAUUACCUUAAAUACCUCGUGAUCUCAAUAGUAAGUGUUUUUGUCUUUAGUUCAGCAGUUACUUUUAAUUAGAGCCUUUCCUUAUUGUUUUUUCCCUAGAGCCCAUUACUUUAACACUGGUCUGUUUGAUUGGGAUAAGGUUAUACUCAUGUACAGUAUUUGCCUGAAUUGUGCUGAUGUUAACAAAUAAGAGUAACGAUUGAAGAAACUACUGGAAAAGACAACCUGUUUUAGUAAGUAGGAACACUAUCGGCCUUGUCCUGUAAAGCUCCCCCUCAACCCCAGCCAAUGCCCUCAAACACUCACCCGUGUAAUUUCAGCUUCUCGUGCACUUGUGUGAUGCUCACUUAGCUCAAAUCUGUAAUUGUAUUGAGUUCAGGGUUUUAAACAUGUGAGGUGUGUGAGAAAAUAAGUGUGACUAUACAUGACGAGUCAUAUGCACUGAUCCUCUAUAUAAUCAGCUUUUGUUUUCUUCUUUUCAGAAAAUUGUUAUUGUAUUUAAAAAAAAAAAAAAAAAAAAAAAAAAAAGAUUAUAGAGCUAUUUACAGAGUUACUUUGGUUGCCUGGAAUGCAUCCUGUAUAUUCUUGUACAGAGGAUUACCUGGCAGAAGCUGAAGAGAUUUUAAAAGCUUGCGCCCUCUUGUGCAUAUUUAUGUACCUCAGUUGUGGGGUUUACUGUGUGACCCUUAGUCGUGGUGGUUUAUUCGUCCCCUUACAGGACGUGCUGAGCCUCGCUUUGACCUUUUUUUUCCUCUCUUUCUUUCUUUUUUUUUUUUUUCUCAGCUCAUAAAUAAGCUCACCGAUUUGCCUUACCCAAACUCACAUUGCCCCCCCUAAAGUACUUGUCCAACAAAACACUACGAGGAGGAGUAAUGCUGCUAACAUUACACUCUCAGAAAAUGAAAUCUGUCCAUUUUAAGGUACUUAAGCUAUCAGCAAAGUGACUUUGCCAGGUUGUCACCAGUUAGAACUUUUCAACCUUUGCGGGUUUGUUUGGUUUUUCUUCUCUCCAUGUUACUGUAUCAAAUCUGUGUCAUGAAAGCUUAUUUAAUUUCCACUGCAGAUGAUGUCAUACUUUCAACAAAUGCAAGUGUUUUAACAUGGUAACCUCGUAAGCAUUCAAAAUGUGCAUACAUACAUUAAUGUCUGCUCUAUUUAUGAUUACAUUCAAGAAUAGCUUUAGAGUGCUGUAGUUAAGUAUUGUCAGUGUUGAUUCAAAUGCUUCUCAGAGGCCUCUGUGAGUGAUUUUACAAAGUUCAAUAACUGUAUAUUUUGUAUUAUGUUCUAGCUCCAAAGGAAUGGCGGGAAAAAAAAGAAAUGUGUUUAAAAAAAAAAAGAAAAGAAAAAAAAAGCUUUGCUCCCUGAACUAAAUUGUUCUAUUUGUGUUGUCGAUUGAACAAAUUGCAUUCCUUGCUUGUGAAUAGAUGCAUUUUUCUCCCUGCUACUCAAAUUUUCUCUGCCCCCCCAACCUAUCUCCCUCCCUCCUUUCUUUCAUUUUUUAGCCUUUGAAGUUUGAAUAAAAUUUCUAGUUUGCAGAAUGUAUUACUAAAUAAAUGGGUUGUCAUCUUGUA